CCCAAUAAAAAUGAUAAAAUUCGCAGUUUCUUUAAUAAAAAAAGGACAAGAAAUAAUAAAUUUAAAUUGUAAAUAAACACGCAUGCGCAAUCAAUAAAUAACGACUUUCGGUCAAUUCAUCAUUCGAAUAUUUGCACAUCCCGGCAAUAUUGUUUCGGUUUAUUGUUGGACUAAGGAAUGAAUGAUAAUAAGCUGGAUGGUCUUCAUCUGUCUGAGACAACUUUAUGUCUGAGUAAGUCGUUGUUAGACAUUGAUGGUUAUAACUUAUCAGUACAAAUCAUGUAUUAUCCGUACGAAUACUUGUGGUAUCGCGAUUUGAGACGCUGGACAUAUGCUGAGGAUGAACGCUUGAUCUAUCUACGUACUCGUCAUUACGAUUUACGUUUUAAUACAGCCUGGCGAUACGUGAAGUUAUAUAAUCUUGAUUGGUGGCAAGAUAUUGCCAACGACGCAGUGUUUCGACGUCGAAACAAAGAUGCUGACGACUGUUACGACAGGUUUUGCGACUUGGUAGAUAAAUUCAUGGAAAUUCGCUUGAUGGACCGAAAAGAGAGACCCUACUGGGAGCAUUAUAAAAUGCUUCGUUGGUUUUAUCAUGACUGUCGUAAUAAGUUCCCUGACAAUUAAGGUUCUUUCUUAUUCCACUUAAGCCUCAAAAUAUAUAAUAAUGUCAAUCACAAUGUGUUUAUUAUAGAAAUGAUUGAAUAAAUAAA